AUGUCCUACUGGAAAGAGCUUAGCAGUGAUUCGAUCGAAAGCGUCGUAGAGAAGGUGGUUGCAUCAUCAAAGGAUGAGUCAUUCGAUGCCUUCCAAUUUUGGUGCGAGUGGCUUGACCAAGCGGCCAAAAACAAUGUGCAGCAGGACAACCUGUUGAAGCUGGCCAAAUCGCUCAAGACACGUCACGUCCGUGAUGUGAAUGGCAAAAACCUGUGGGCCGACACACCUGGCCUGCCGAUGGCUCUUCGUGAGCGCUUCGAGGUUCAUGUGGAUCUAGACAAGCCUCGCGAGUACUCUAACAUCAACACAUUUUAUGCUCGAUGUGCAGCCGAAGGCGUCGCCGAAACUAGUAUGUUUGGUGUCAUCCUUUUCAGGGAGCUGCUGGAAGAAGAAGGGGCGCAUGAGGACACAGAACUGUGUGUAAAGGGUCUUCAACUUUGGCUUAAUUCUGCAGGCGCACACUUGUACAACCAUGGCGAACCGCAUCUUGAGUCCAACCCGCUAUGUCGCGCUGGAAAGAAAUGGACCAAGUCUGGCGGCAUAUCCAAAGACCGUUGGAUGUUCUGGAUUGCUCAACUGCGUGAUUUGGGGCAUGAACAUGCGGGUGCAUCGGUGGCAAUUGACUAUCUGAUCAAGUCUAUGGAGGAGGUCAUGUCGUCGAAGAUUCGCGGCUCGGCCUAA